CAGGCUCUGCGGCCACAGUCCUCGUCCUCGGAAGACGUCAGGUCCGGCACCAUGAAGGGCUUCCUCGUUGCGGGUAUCACCGCACUGCUCACGGUUGCAGCUGUAGAAUCCCUGAAAUGUCUGCAGUGUAAUUCAUGGGGAAACUCCUGUGUCAACGCAAAUGCCACUGAAUGUCCUGCAAAUGUCAGCACCAGCUGUACCUCCUUCUUGACCAUCGCUUCUGUAGAAGGAAACUUCAUAUUUUACCAGAAUUCGGCCUGCUCUGCACACAACUGCAGUGGGAUGGAGGCUUACAGUUUCAGUGUCCACACGGCUAACGAAAACUUUGUAUUUGUAAGCCAGUGCUGCCAAGGAGGCCCGUGCGGUAACGUCACUGUCACUGCAGCUCCUCCACUGGUAAACGCGUCCAGCAACAUAGAGUGCCCUGCAUGUUUUGAAUUUAAUAGAGCUUCCUGUGAUGGGAAACCCCUGAGAUGUAAUAACAGAGAAAUGUGUGUCAAUCUAGUCGCUGGAUGGAAUGAGACGAGCAAAUUAGUGCUGAAAGGCUGUUCCAACAUCAACGACGCCACCUGUCACAUCCUGUCUACUAAAAAGCCAAAGCUUGGAGAACUCACUUUGCAGAAGUUAGUGUGUGCGGACAAAUCCACCACUGCCUCAACGACCAAAAACCCAAAGACCAUUGCCCCUCACCGUCCCACCAGUGGCACCGGCUCUAAAGUCUUCUUCACCCCCGUGGCCCUUGCCAGCCUUCUCCUGCUGGGGCUGCUGCUCUGAGAUCGGCGCCUCUCCAACCGUCCCCUCCCCUGUUUGACUGCUCAGUGAACAGCAGUCACAGCCUUCCAGGUCAUGCCCUGUGGUAGCCACAUCAUUCUUUAUUAUUAAAACAUUGGUUCACUCGCUGCCCAAAUCUGUCACGAUACGUUCUGGGCUAGGCUUCCUUCAAGCUGCUAUCCAGCACCACUUCUCAGUUCCUUGCCUUUGCAAUCCUUGCAGCUUUGCGUGUGGGCUCCCAGGACCUCCUUGAUCCCUGCCCAGUUUGCUUUUGAGAAGCAUACUCUUCCUUCCACCUUGCUGGCAUCUUUUACCUACCUCCUUGCACUUCUGGGGACUGACGUGCCACUGUCCCCAUCCUCACACUCAGGAGGUGCCCCAGCUGCGCCUCGUGAUGCUGUGUGUUGACCCUCAGCAUCGCUGUUUGACUCUUUAGCGGUCGUACUGGCUCUGGUCCACUGUGGCCCACAGUGACGUUGCUAGGGCCGUCACCACGGGACCCAAAGGAGGGUGCAGAGGGCUUGCUGAAGGCUGGCAGACUCUUCUGCUUAACCUCUCAGGCAGGGACACGAUGCGGUCAGCACCUCGAAGACCAGGUGUCUCGUAGCCUUGUAGGAAAUGGAACACGGCUGGAGAGCCCCAGCCCCUCCUCUCAGAGAACUUACAAUCCAAUGCAGAUUCCUCGACUCCAGACCAGCUAACCAGGGAACGAGAAAACCAUUCAAUUCCAUACGGCCAGAAGCCCAGGCUUAGUAAAUAAAGGGGGGCCUUGAGCUGGACUCGGAAGAAUGGGGUUUUCUGUAAUAAAAACU